AUGAGCAGUUCAUGUCAUACUAGAUCCAAACUUAAGCAUAUUGAAUCUAUACCUCUGUUCUUAAAUCUUCCUGAAGAGGUUCAUGAAGAGAUCUUUUUGAGGUUACCAGAGAAAUCUAUGUUGAUAUCUAGGUGCGUAUGCAAACUUUUCUAUAAUCUUCUUUCUAAACCUAAUUUCAUCAAUAAUCAUGUCAAUCGCACUAAUCAAAGCAAGAACAACAACCGUAAACUCUUGUGCACUCAUUUCUCGCUAGGUAAGCACCCUAUGGUUUACUCCAUACCUAUAGAUUGUGCUUCAAUUUCAUCAUCGUCAUCCUCGUUAUCAUGUGUAUGUGAUGGAGCUGUUCUGAUAAAAUUCCCAUUUGAACCUAAGAGUUUUCCUUCUCUUGAUUUUUUGGGCUCAUGUAAUGGCUUGAUUUGCUUAAAGAUUAGUAGUGUUGAUAUAGCUGAGAUUGAAAAGGGACAAAUUGUGUACACUUAUUAUUACAAUAUUUUGAACCCAUUAACAAGAGAAUAUAAGGAAUUUAGGUGGCCAGGACGGUGGUACCAAGCUAUUUAUGGAUUUGGUUAUGAUACCAACAAUGAUGAUUACAAACUUGUGAUAAUAUCGGUUUAUAGUUGCGUCAACAUUGAUGUUUAUUCAGUGAGAUCAGAUUCAUGGAGUAGUAUUCAGGGUACCGUCAAUUACUCAUUUCGUUAUGGUGGUAAAGGAUCGCGUGGUUUGUUUUUCAACGGAGCUCUUCAUUGGUUGGGAAGUAUCGCCACCCAAGGAAUUUCGUCCGAAGUUAUAGUGUCGUUUGAUAUUAGUAAUGGGACAAUGCUGAAUAUGCCAAUACCUGAAGUUGUUAUGCCACCUACAGAGUAUCGGGGAGGAAUGUAUGCAAAUGUGGGAGUGUGGGGAGACUGCAUUUGUAUAGCAUUUAUUUGGGGUUCAGUUAGAAUUGAUGUGUGGGUGAUGCAGGAAUAUGGAGUGGAGGAAUCAUGGAUACACAUUUUUGCCACAACCCAACUGCCACGGCCCUCGUACAUCACUCCAUUUUGGAAGCCACUAUGGUUGUUUGACAAUGGGGAAAUUCUGGUAGAUAUUGAUGGCAAGCAAUUACUUCUAUGUAAUCCAACAACAAAAACAGUUAGAUCAGUGGUGGUCCGUGAUAUUAAAAUGGAUUAUAAUCGAGAGAUUUAUGUGGAGAGCAUAGUCUCACUUGGUACUGGUACUUAUUUGGAGAAACAGAUUACACAUGGGGUUGUGAAGAAUCCUGAGCAACAAUUGUUGAGGUAA